AAGACCCGCGGAACGCCAUCGCAUCCCUCUAUUUUUUGGGGUCCCCGGCGCAAUAUGAUCGGAUUGCCUCAUUCGGCGGCUGUUGAUCCAUCGUAAGCAGACCUUGAUAACGACCUCACCUCCCUCCCGCGACAUUUUCACUGGCGCAGCCCUAUCCACGGUUCUGCCGCUCCUGCUUCGCUUUCAUGUCGCUACUUCUCCCCAACAUCGCGCGUAUCCAACCUGACGACGCAGAUGGUGUGUACUGAGUUGCUAUAUCCAUAAUAUUUCGAUAUCUAUCUGUAUUGCGACGACUCCACAAUGGCACCUCUGGCUCUGCUAGGCCUGAUUCUAAGGAAACCACACCUUCUCUUUCGCAGAACUCCCGGAGACGAAAAAGAACAGAAGGAUCACAUCGACGACGGCGCAAGCCCACCCCGCCUCUGUGACUUUGAAGCCCUCCCAAAAUGGUACCAAGAUAAUCCCUACAUCCGCACAGCGUACCGCCCGGUCUCGCACAGCUAUGCUGCCUGCAUCCACAGCCUCACGUACAUGCACAACGAAACCGUCAACAUUUACACGCACCUCGGUCCCACAGUCGGUCUUGCCCUGACCCUCCCGUACCUGCAGCUCAAUAUCUCGCGGCUAGAGAUUACCGCGCCGUGGACUGAUCGGAUCAUGUUGGGACUGACGCCCAUGGUUGCACUUAUAACGUUGGGCCUAUCGACCACGUACCACACGCUGAUGAACCAUUCUCCGCUCGUGUCUGCGAGUUGUUUACUCCUGGACUACACGGGCAUCUUGUGCUUGAUCCUUGCGAGUUUCGUAUCGGGAAUCUAUGUCGGAUUCUACGAUUCGCCGUUCCACAGAAAUCUGUACUGGGGCAUGAUUUUCUCUCUGCUGGGAGUAACCUGCUUCCUCGUCCUGCAUCCCCGGCUCCAAGGACCCGUUUACCGCGCUCACCGCACCUCGGCCUUCAUCUUCACGGCUCUGUCUGGCCUUGCACCGGUCGUUCACGGGUGCCUGUAUUACGGGUUCAGUGAAGCGUUUUGGAAUCGAGGGGUUAUGUGGUGGUUGCUUGAGGGGCUAUGGUAUGGGGUAGGAGCAUGGUUCUUUGUUAGUCGCUGGCCGGAGAAGGCGGUACGCAGAGGGAAGUGCGAUGUCUGGGGGAGCAGUCAUCAGAUUUUCCAUGUCUGUGUUGUGCUCGGGGCGGCGGCCCAUUGUUGGGGAGUGUGGCAAGCUUGGAAGGGGGCGAGGGGUUUGUAGUUGUAGUGGAAGAGGUGAGCUAGAUAUCUAUAGAUGUCAUAGAAAGGGGAAUCCGGUGUACCUAUAUGUUAAAGCUUGAUUAGCACUCGUAGCCCAUUCAUUCUCUUUGAGUUUCGCUGCGUUUCAUGCUGCGAAUUUUACACUCUUGUCGUUUGUAUAUUCAACAAUGUAUGGACUUAAUAUUUUCUAUGGGUUGGUAGCCUAAUUUCGUAACCGCAUCCGCUCAGAUUAAUAGUCGCAUGCGAGGUAGAAGAAACUCAGAC